AUGCUCUCUGACAGAUAAGCACUUCAGCUGCAAUAUCUCUUUCCUCAUUCCCCGCUGACUUUUGACCCGUGCUCAGUAAGUACGUCUGAGGUUUAGCUAAUCAGACCAGUUUGACUCAUUGUCUGUGACACUCCCACUGUUUUUGUUCAUUCCAGUACAGUGGACAGUAUUGACUGGAAAUGUAUCAGUAGGAUGUCUGGGAUCAAGAGUGUCUUUCUGGUGGUCGUGACCUUUCUGUUGACUCCUGCCAGAGGAGAUGUUGAGGUCUCCUGUGUUUUCAUGGAAAGCUGCAUCUUGCCGUGCAGAUUUCAAGCCGGUGAUGACGUCGUCAUCCACUGGAUUCAGCUGACACCAGGAAAUACUCAGGUCCACUCUUACUAUCACAACCAAGACCAGCUCUCAUUCCAGUACCAGCGCUUCAGAGACAGGACAUCGCUGUUCAAUGACCAGAUCUCCAGAGGAAACGCCUCGCUCCUGCUGAAAGGGGUGCAGUUUCAUGACCAGGGCAGAUAUAAAUGUUACACCAGCACCAUCACUGGAAACAAGGAGACAUUUAUCAAACUAAACAUGGAUGCUCCAGUCCGUAAAGUCGACAUUCAGCAGGUAGAAAACAAGAUCACCUGCAGAUCAGAAGGGAUCUACCCUGAGCCUAAGCUCACCUGGUCCACCAGUCCUCAAUCCAAGGAGACUCUCCAGGGCAAAACUGAAGCCCAGCAGACUGAGCAGAAGCUCUACAACAUCAGCAGUUCUCUGAUACUUUCAGACAAUGCUGCUGGUCUGACCUACAUCUGCACCGUCAGCACUCAGAGAAGCAGGCUAAAGGCCUCACUGAAGACACUACCUCCAAUCACUAGUUCAGGCACUGAACAAACAAUCACCUGCACUGCUUCAAACACUCCACAAACGGGCCUCGUCUGGAUAUUCAACCACAAUCAAACCAUCCUGACCCAGACCGGGGCCAACGUCUCGUACACAGUUUCAGAGGAGUGGAGCCAGCAGGUGAAGGGUGUGUCUAAGUCAGGUGACCUCACACUUCAGGACUUGUCUUCAAUACACGACGGGAUAUACACGUGUGAACUCAGUAAUGCUGAGGAGACAUAUUAUGGGAACACCUUUCUGAAGAUUAUUGAAGGAAGUUCAUCAAAUGUCGCAGCAGUUUCUGCAGGUGUGGUGGUUGGAGUAAUUUGUGCAGGAUUGGCAACAGGCCUGAUAUUGUACUGUACAGUACAGAGCAGCAUAAACAGACAUUCUCACACACUAUGUCUCUCUUUUCUGUCCUCAGGAAGCAACUCAAAGGCCAGAAACGACCCUGAUGAGAUGACAGAGCUGCGUUUAGUCAAAGUGGACAGUAUUGACUGGAAAUGUAUGAGUAGGAUGUCUGGGAUCAAGAGUGUCUUUCUGGUGGUCGUGACCUUUCUGUUGACUCCUGCCAGAGGAGAUGAAGAGGUCUCCUGUGUUUUCAUGGAAAGCUGCAUCUUGCCGUGCAGAUUUCAAGCCGGUGCUGAAGUUGUCAUCCACUGGAUUCAGCUGACGGCAGGAAAUGCUCAGGUCCACUCUUACUAUCACAACCAAGACCAGCUCUCAUUCCAGAACCAGCGCUUCAGACACAGGACAUCGCUGUUCAAUGACCAGAUCUCCAGAGGAAACGCCUCGCUCCUGCUGAAAGGGGUGCAGUUUCAUGACCAGGGCAGAUAUAAAUGUUACACCAGCACCAUCACUGGAAACAAGGAGACAUUUAUCAAACUAAACAUGGAUGCUCCAGUCCGUAAAGUCGACAUUCAGCAGGUAGAAAACAAGAUCACCUGCAGAUCAGAAGGGAUCUACCCUGAGCCUAAGCUCACCUGGUCCACCAAUCCUCCAUCCAACAUGACUCUCCAGAACAAAACUGAAGUCCAGCAGACUGAGCAGAAGCUCUACAACAUCAGCAGUUCUCUGAUACUUUCAGACAGUGCUGGUGAUCUGACCUAUAUCUGCACCGUCAGCACUCAGACAAGCAGCAGUACAGCCUCACUGAAGACACUACCUCCAAUCACUAGUUCAGGCACUGAACAAACAAUCACCUGCACUGCUUCAAACACUCCACAAACGGGCCUCGUCUGGAUAUUCAACCACAGUCAAACCAUCCUGACCCAGACCGGGGCCAACGUCUUGUACACAGUUUCAGAGGAGUGGAGGCAGCAGGUGAAGGGUGUGUCUGAGUCAGGUGACCUCACACUUCAGGACUUGUCUUCAAUACACGACGGGAUAUACACGUGUGAACUCAGUAAUGCUGAGGAGACAUAUUAUAGGAACACCUUUCUGAAGAUUAUUGAAGGAGGUUCAUCAAAUGUUGUAGGAGUUGCUGUGGGUGUGGUGGUUGCAGUGGUUGCAGUGGUUGUAUUGGUUGCAGGUGUGAUACUGUACCUGCGCCGACGUAAAAAGAAUGAAGCAAGAAAUCCAUCGCAGGAACAAGGACCACUAAACACUAAUACUGACACAUGGACAAAAGAUGAAGAAAGGAAUUCGGAAGGAAUACCACUUAAAGAAGACAAAGCUCAUGACACAAGGACAGAAAGUGAAAUUAAGCUCUCCUCUGGGGAUUGAAGGAUUAAAUGAUACUGAUACACUAAUGUGUUGAAGUGUAAACACGUACUCUGGGUCUUCUGCUGUCUCAGGAAAGGAUGUUUUGUCCUCAUUUCUUCUUCACUGGAUUAUUGAGGAAGUAAAACAAGACCUUCAGUUCUGUGUUUUGGAGACAUGUGACAAUCACAUGCUUAUCCAGACUGAUUAAUGAAGGACACUUUGCACUUUGACUGUAACGCUCUGCAUUACACUGGUUCUACAGUGCAAGAGAGACUUUGAAGACCAGCAUGCUGUUCUUCCUCUACCUUGUGUCCCUGUGUUCCACACAAAAACCCAGACAAAUAAAGUGACUAACAGUAUCUCUCAACAGAGAUGAGGAAGUAUGUAUUUAUGCAUCUAUUUUAACUUUUCAAGUGGAACAGAGUUCUACUUUACUGGCUAUUAAAAGAUCCCUCAAAUGUGCUUUCAAUGGAAGUGAUGGAGGCCAAAAGUAGAAAAAGUAGAUGUG